AGGCGCAGCCAGCCGCAGUUGAUCUGAAAUGCACCUACUCUAACAUCACGAGGCUGCCCUCUAAGUAUCGCGAUAAUUCCUUCAGCAAAGAACUUCCAUCAUGGCAGGCAGUAAGUUGGUGUUAGAAGGAAGAGUAAGUGUAAAAGGCUUUAUUUUAGGGCUCAGUGUGGUUGUAAUCCCAUUGAUCAGAACAUUGUUUGGACAUCUUGACUGGAUCUUUGAUUAUUUGACGGAAACUCCCGGGAAAAUAGCGAUUUGCAUCCACAUUGCAGUUAUUAACGGCCUCUUGCUAAUUUUAUACAGGGGACCUCUGUACAAGGUUGCUGUGAGAGCCUGCUUUCUGGGCAUUACAUUUGGCUGUGGUGUAAUUAUAAGCUUCUCUGAAACCACUUGGACACAUUUUGGCUGGUACAUGUGCUCCCUGUCGUUCUUCCAUUACUCUGAGUAUCUGGUGACAGCUGUCAUCAACCCUCAUAGCCUGUCACUGGACUCCUUCCUGCUCAACCACAGUAUGGAGUACACCCUGGCUGCUGUCUCAUCGUGGGUGGAGUUCACAGUGGAGAAGCUGACAGUUCCAGAGCUGAAACAGCUGAGCUGGUUGAGCUUUGCGGGUCUGCUCAUGGUGCUGUGUGGUGAGGGCCUGCGUAAGGCAGCCAUGUUGACUGCUGGCUCCAACUUCAACCAUAUCGUCCAGAAUGAGAAGGCUCAGAGCCAUGUGCUGGUCACUGGCGGGGUCUACUCCUACUUCAGACACCCCUCCUACGUGGGCUGGUUCUACUGGAGCAUAGGAACACAGGUCAUGCUGUGUAACCCAGUGUGUAUAUUGGGCUACACAAUAGCCAGCUGGCGCUUCUUUCGGGAGCGAAUUGAGGAGGAGGAGCUGUCUCUCAUCCAUUUCUUUGCAGAGGACUAUGUGGAGUACAAGAAGAAGGUUCCCACUGGGCUGCCCUUCAUCUCAGGUAUCCGUGUCAACUAGUCCAAGGAGCUGGAUGCUGUACAUAACAGACUAACAGCACUAAAGCAGGACCAGUCUGGUGGGUGUGUGGCGUCUGCCAUGACAACUGCUCUCCAGAGGCAAACCCUGCUGCCAGCUUAGAGCCUGUAUCUCACAGACAGAGACAGCUGGGCAGCUGGGACGGCAGUGGACAGCUAGGCUGCUGUCUUUAUACCAACCUCCAAAAUCCACUUAAAGACCAAACAACCUCCACUGAGCUACAUGUGUUCCACCUAUCCACUCCAUCUGUUUCAGUUUUGUUUCUGUUUCUGAUGCCUAGUGUUUUCAAUUCUGAACUGUUGUGUUAAAGAAUCAUGUUUGCUCUUGGCCCUUUGACAGCAUGCAUCAGCAGAGCAUAAAACCUUGUUUGAGAUGUUUGAGUUUCACAUCCAUGAGGUUAAUUAUUUUUUUCUUUAAAUGAUAGGGUCAUCCAUAUUUUCAACAAGCUACUGUGACAUGCAAUCAAAAAGUGACCAUAUCCAUAACAAGCAAAAAAAGUUUCUUAUUUAAAUCUUGGCUGCCAAUCCCUUUGAAGUAGUCGUCCCUUGUGCAGGGACACACUGCAUCUAGCACUCCCGCCAUGCUUGGAACCCUCCUUGGAAGUCCUCUUCUGUAAGCGUGUCAAGCACCACCUAAGACACUCACUGGUUCCUACUUCAUUGUGUCAUAACAGUGACCCUUCAGCAUAACCCCACAAAUGUUGAAGAAAAAGACACUUCUUCUUCAGUCUUGGAGAUUUGUGCUUCUUCCACAGCAAAGUCUACUGUUUGUUCUACAGGUUAUAGUCAUAGACCCAACUCUCGUCACCAGUGCUGAUCCUCGCAAUGAAGGUAGGUUAAAGUGGGCCUACUUCCUCACAGACAUCAACACGUAACACAUAUAAUACAUGUCCAGAUGUUGAUCGUGUGAGGUAACGCAGAAUAUUGACUCAUAAAAUCAUUGCUCACACCUGCCACAUGUGCAGUACUGUGUUAUGGUCAACAGUCUCCAAGCUUUUUGAUCUGCACCUUGUAUCCCUAAUUUGGUCAAAUUCACUAUCCCCAAAUUUUGCUGUUAAAACCAAAUAAAGGCUUAAAAAGAGUAGUCCAGUUGGCCACUGUAGUAGAGCUCUUCACUGGUCUUUUCAGUAUCUAGUAUACAAGAUGCUGGUCUCAGAUCUGUCUCUUGGUAGCUCCAAAGCUCAGCCACGAGUUAGUGUGUUCAUGGUGAUUUAAGCAAGAGCUGAAUACACAAAUCUGAAUAUAUUCAGUGGGGUAUUCCGUUAAGUGUCUUUAAUAAUUUGUGCUUUUUCAAGGUGGAACAGUCUCUCCCCCAGAAUAGACCAUGCUGGCUGCUAAAACCAAGGAUAUUGGAGUUCCUUUAGUUAGUGCUGUUCAACACAGGGUGACCCAGUAGAUCCAAACAACAGUAAAGGCAACAGUGAUGUUACAAUUUUGAAUAAAGAAUUUAUCCUCAAAGUCAUUAUGUAGCUAUAACAGAAUGAUUCAAAUGUGUAAAGAGUAUAGGUGUCUGUCAGGUUUUUGAAAGUGUUUUAAAUGUAGGUAGUGAUGAAGCUCCAUCAUUUACAGGUGACUGAAUAUGAGGCCUGAUAUCCACUUCCUUGAUGUGCAUUCAGGCUAAAACGUUAUAUGUUAUAGAUCAGUUUGACUGAAACACUAUCAGGUGGAUCCAUAUGAUGUGUUAUGUUUCUCUGUCAUUUUAUUGACAAGUUUCUGUACACUGGGGCAUGUGGCAUGAUGGAUCAUUGCAAGCUGUGUUCACCCUCUUGAGCAUCAACUGUAUGGAAAGGAAGUGAUGACAUCACUUCCUGUGUUGUAGCGUCUGUGUUUUUUGGUCAUAGAAAUCACUUUUUUUGUUUGUUUGUUUUGUGAUAACUUCCCAUCCUGAACAAUGUUUUGUCCUGUCAUUCCCAUCACUGUGUUUUUCAUGUUCACUUGUCAAGCUCACUUUGCAUUAGAAACCAACCAAAUGACUGAGUUGUAUAUUGGUAAAGGGGUUGAGAGAGGCUGACUCUGCAGAACAGAAACUCUAUUUUUGAUCUGUCUAAAUGGCCUCACUCUGCACUCUAUAAAUCCUAAUCUUAUUGUGUGUUUAAGACAUUGGUACGAUAGCAGCAAAGAUGCUCUGUGAGUAAAAUAAAAAAAAAUAAAUAAACAAAAGCUAGGCUGUGGAGUUUUUGACUACUAGUGGCACCAUGAUGCUAUUUUUGGAUGAGUAUUCCUGAGUCAUUGAUUAAGUGAUGAUUAAACAUUUGGCACCUGCUGUUGA